AUAAAAGAGAUUGCUUUUCCUUUACUUGUUGUUUUCUUUGCAAACUCAAUUCCAAUUAUUAGACUCUCUGUGCUUCCUUUAGCUAUUCUACCAUUUGUACUCAAUCGUCUGUCGUAUCUUGAAACUUUUAUUUGACACUAUAUUGUCUUCGUCUUUAUUAUCUUCAUCAUCUUUCUUCUCCCAAAAUGGCUCGUACUUUCUUUGUUGGUGGUAACUUCAAAAUGAACGGUUCAAAAGAAUCAAUCAAGUCUAUUGUUGAAGGCUUAAACAAAGCUGACUUGGCUGACAAUGUUGAAGUUGUCAUCUCUCCUCCUGCUUUAUACUUGUCUUGGGCUGUUGACCACAACAAAAAGGCUCCUUUAGUUCAAGUUGCUGCUCAAAACGCCUUCGACAAAUUAAGCGGUGCAUUUACUGGCGAAAUCUCCGUUCAACAAAUCAAAGAUGUUGGUGCUACCUGGGUCAUCUUAGGUCACUCUGAAAGAAGAACCAUAAUCAAAGAAUCCGACGAAUUUGUUGCUUCAAAAGUCAAAUUUGCUUUAGACAAUGACGUUAAAGUCAUUCUCUGUAUUGGUGAAACCUUAGAAGAAAGAAAAUCCGGUGUUACUUUAGAUGUCUGUUCUAGACAGCUUGAUGCUGUCUCAAAAAUCGUUUCUGACUGGUCAAACAUUGUCGUUGCUUACGAACCUGUUUGGGCCAUUGGUACUGGUUUAGCUGCUACUCCAGAUGAUGCUCAAGAGACCCAUAAAGGUAUCAGAGACCAUUUAGUCAAAACAAUCGGUCAAGAACAAGCUUCCCAAGUCAGAAUCUUAUAUGGUGGUUCUGUCACUGGCAAAAACAGUUCUGAAUUCAAAGACAAGGUUGAUGUUGAUGGUUUCUUAGUUGGUGGCGCUUCAUUAAAACCUGAAUUUAUUAACAUUAUCAACUCAAGAUUAUAAUUUGCUUAUAUAUACUGAUUUCUUCUGAGUCUAUAUAUAUAGUCUAUUUACUUUUUACCUUAUUAGUCAACUUAUAUCUCUAACACCACCCAAAUAAAAUUUUAAUUCUUUUUAAAACUUACAGGUC